AUGGAAACGGGAUACCCUCCAAACCGAGGGGCCACACUUAAUCGUGGCAAAACUCUCAGCAGGCCUGAACGUUAUCAGCCAGCUUCCCCAUUACUUACAACUAAAGAGAGUUCAUCUUGGGACCCAUGGGUAGUGUUCUCGCGUGUCAUUACUUUUUGGGCUCCAGGUUCCUUACUUUCUUCGUUGGGCGGUCUCCGCGAUAAAGGGUCACAACAAGCUUGGCGUGAAAAGAUUGCACUAUGUUUUAUUGCAGUCGUGAUGGGUGGAAUUGUUGCUUUCUUAACAGUUGGUUUCACAACAGUACUAUGUCCGCCAUCAGCAGCUAAUAACCCCACUAAAUUCAUAAGAUAUAAUUCCACUGACGAUAGAAACGGCCAAGAUAUCACAAACAGAUUCACACGGGAUACUACAGGAAUUGGCUCAUGUCGGGGAGGAGACAUUCAACAAUUUACUGCUGUAACACUGCAAUUAUGUCAAAACAAGACAAUAUGUAAUGCUGGACCGCUUCUGCAACAACAAUUCGAUAUGUACAAUAUUGUAAACACCACAAAACGAGUUGGUUAUGAUUGGAAACAACUAGCAAGUGACGCCCUUAAAAAUUAUUUGGUUAUCGAUGGUAAUGUGCUUAAUCUUGAUCCAUACCUCGCCGCCGUAACUCAGCCAUUGCCAAAUGACAAGGUUGAUGUCGUGAUCAGAACAGUUUUGGGUACUGAUCACAAAGAAGGUGGUAAAGAUGCAACAAGACUUUUCUUUGGACGUCAAGAAUUGAAAGCUUCUGUUAAUUGUCUGGUUCAAAAAUAUUUUGCCGGAAACAUUGAUAAGGAAACAAUUGGAUGUUUUACCUCGCAACUUUUCUUGUACGUUUCAUUGACGGUCAUUUUGAGUAUUGUCAUGGUUCGAUUCUUUAUGGCCUGUGUAUUCGACUGGUUUAUCUCUCAUCGUCUCGCCUUGGAACCAAAAAAAUCCACUAAAGCUGUAGUGUCACCACAAGUUGUUGUUGGAGGUGACGGCGGUGGUGCUCGCGCUGCUCCUUGGGCUCAUCGUAAUGAAUCUGGUGCUAUCGUAAAGACAGUUAGUAUGGAUGAGGUCGGCAAUGAUUUAUUCACUGUAUUAUUGGUAACUUGUUAUUCGGAAGGUGAAGAAGGUCUUCGGUGCACUUGUGAAUCAAUGGCAGCAACUGAAUAUCCAGAUGAUCGUAAAUUGAUUUUCUUAGUAUGUGAUGGUAUUAUUACUGGUCAUGGUAAUGAUAAGAGUACUCCCGAUAUUGCCGUCGAUCUUUUGGAAUUAUUACCCGAGUUCAAAGAUCCUCAACCUCAAUCAUAUGUCGCUGUCGCCGCCGGUUCAAAACAACAUAACAAGGCUAAAGUCUACGCUGGUUAUUUCCCAUAUCAAGGACGAAAAAUUCCAGUUGUCUGUGUCGUUAAAUGUGGAGCUGAAGAAGAACAAGGCAAAGGAAAACCCGGUAAUCGUGGUAAACGUGAUUCUCAAUUGAUUCUGAUGAACUUUUUCAGCCGUGUCACCUACAACGAUCGUAUGACCCCUCUGGAUUAUGAUCUAUUCCGUAAAAUUCAUCGUCUUAUGGGUGUAACUCCGGACUUCUUCGAAAUAUGUCUUAUGGUUGACGCUGAUACUAAAGUUUAUCCCGAUUCACUCCGACUAUUGAUCAACUGUAUGUGUAACGAUCCUCUGAUUAUGGGUCUCUGCGGUGAAACAAAAAUUGCAAACAAAAAAGAUUCAUUCACUACCGCUAUUCAAGUCUUCGAAUAUUAUAUUUCUCAUCAUUUGGGUAAAGGUUUCGAAUCAGUAUUUGGGGGUGUCACAUGUUUACCAGGUUGUUUCUGUAUGUAUCGAUUGAAAGCACGAAAAGGUGACGAUGACUGGGUACCAAUUAUCACUAAACCCGAAAUUGUACAAGAAUAUUCACAAAAUACCGUCGACACAUUACAUCAAAAGAAUUUAUUAUUGCUCGGUGAAGAUCGAUUCUUGACUACUCUCAUGUUACGUAACUUCCCACACCGUAAAAUGAUGUUCUGCCCACAAGCCGUCUGUAAAACCGUUGUUCCCGAUGAAUUCAAGGUCUUACUUUCACAACGUCGUCGAUGGAUUAAUUCUACAAUUCACAAUUUGAUGGAACUGGUUCUUGUCCGUAAUCUCUGUGGAACAUUCUGUUUCUCUAUGCAAUUCGUUAUUUUCAUGGAGUUGAUUGGUACUGUUGUAUUGCCGGUCGCCAUCAUGUUGACCUAUUCAUUGAUCAUCAACACGAUAUUAUCACCACCAAAAGAUUUCUCUGGUGCCAUUCCAUUACUUAUGUUGGGUAUGGUGCUCGGUCUACCCGCUAUUCUCAUUCUCAUCACCACACGCAAGAUCGUCUAUAUCGCAUGGAUGCUUAUUUAUUUGAUGGCUUUGCCCAUCUGGAAUUUCGUUCUUCCGACUUAUGCUUACUGGCAUUUCGAUGAUUUCUCCUGGGGUGAAACCAGAAAAGUCGAAGGUGAAGCAAAAGGUGACGAUCACGGUAAAAAAGAUGGUACCUUUGACGCAGCCAAAGUUCAAUUCAAACGCUGGGAAGACUGGGAACGUAGUCGUCUCCGAAAAGCAAAACGUGACGAACGCCAACGAGCAAACCAACAAAUGGCUCCAGCACAUCUCACACAUGCCGCUCUUUCCGGAGAAGAUGAUGCAAAUGCAGGACUGAUCUCCAGUAAUCAAGGAUACGACAACAAUUAUUACGCCGAAACUUCAUCAAUUAACUCUGCUGUUUCUCAAGAUAUCGGUCCACCACAACAAUACUAUGAUUAUUCAGCCGGUGGUGCCGCUCCUGGUGCUCCAAUACCGUCCGGGUACCCGCCACAAAAUCAAUAUCAAACUCGACCGCCACAGGAUCAAUAUGGUGGUCAAUACGGUGGUGGACAACAAGGUCAUUAUCAAGGAGGAAAUUAUUAA